AUUCCCUCAAAAGUAAUCACAACGACAAAGUCGGUCUUUCUAGCUACGAUCAGCGUAUUUACAGGAGGUGACCACAGACUACUUGUUUAACCAUUUGCGUUGUAAGCCAGCAGUAUAGCCUAGCUAUGGAUACUUCAGUUACGACAGUGUCGUUAGUAGAGAGAGGUGGCAAGUCGGGUACGGUCGCCUUGGUAAACCCGGAAGCCUCUGGUAAAAUACAUGAUCCAAUGGACUUAGUGGAGUUAGCAAGGCAUGUUCAAAAGGCUGAUGAAUUUGUCCGUGCGAAUGCUGGUAAUAAACUGAUGACAAUUGCAGAACAAAUUCGCCAUCUUCAAAAGCAAGCAAAGAAAGUUUUGGAAGAAGCUAAACGUGAUGCUGAUUUGCACCAUGCAGCUUGCAAUAUUAAAAAGAGACCUGGUCAGAUUUAUUAUUUGUAUAAAAGAGAAUCAGGACAAAAAUAUUUUUCAAUUUUAUCACCAGAGGAAUGGGGAACAAAUUGCCCUCAUGAUUAUCUUGGAGCAUACAAAUUGGAAUUUGAUAUGUCGUGGACACCAGCCAAGAAUAUAGAAAAACGUGGAGAAGAAAUUGCACUUAUUGACAAACUGUUAGCAUCCCAGGGUGCAAUAGCCUAUCCCUCAGAACCUAACUUUGAAGGACUAGAACCAAAGAAAUCCAGUGAGGCUGCUGAUAAAUGAAUAUGAUAUAUGAUUGGUCAGCUGAAGAAAUUGAAAUGACUGUAUAUUUACUUGUUUUAGAUCAAUACUGAAAUGUAUCAUUUCUGUGUCAUUUGAAGUCAAUUUUUACCACCAUUUACAAACUAAACUUUUUCCAUAUUUUUUUCGAAAAUUCUGAUCAAGACCUCUGUAGCCCAACUGUUCCAAAAGGAAUUAAAUAGGCUUGGGUCAGUUUGGUGUACUUUAGAUCACUCUGAAAUGA